AUGAAUGGUUUCAUUCUCUGUGCAAACUUUGAUAUCUUUGUGUUGGUGUUGGUAUGCCCAAAAAAAGAUUUGAAUGUGGUAGUUGGCGGUGUCAAUCUUGAUAGCAUUGUGAUGUUGUUGCGUUGUGAAGUUGGUGUCGAUUCCAGUAGAUUUGUAGUCAAUUUAGGCAUGGGGGUUUGA